AUGAUCCAAUGUUCCAUAUCCACACGUGUAAGAGAUGAUCCAAUGUUCCAUAUCCACACGAACCGACUGAACAGCGUCUUCUGGAAGGAUGAAGACGGACGUUUUUAUAAGGCACAGCUGAUGGAUCUAGAGAUCAAAAGUUGCGACGUCCUAGCGGCAUUUCGCUUUGACCAGCCCGAGCUGAUCAUCACAAUGUUCGGCACCGUGGGCGAUACGGAGACUCGAACCCACGACCCCGACCUAACUUCCGCCGACAAGACGGAGAAAAGUACACACGCCGAUAAGGGUCACGGUGCCAGCGAAGGUCAAGGUUACACUGAAAGUCAGAAGAAUGAUCUGACCUACCGCAACAUUCCAACGGAAGCAGUGUCAUACGCAGGCUGGGGAGGGGUACACAUGCUCCAGCCCGCACUUCGGAGAAGAUUUAUACAACUUCUCCAUGAAAUAGGUGCGUGGAUGCUGAGUGAGCACAGCGGCAAAUUUAUCCUUGAAAGUUCCAACCAGCCAUUCCCUGACGAUAUCACUGAGAAUUAUAAUCACUUUGAAGAGGACAAAUUUUUCUGGCCACCUGAUAUUACCUACAGUAGCGUGUGGUUUCAGGGACGAGGCAUGAAAUCCAUUGUUAACGAUUUACGAUGCACCGAGUGCGUCUUCAUUGCCCGUGGGGACGACAAGACACUGGAGAAAAUUGACGAGUACAUAAAAAACACGACGAAACACAUGCUCAUCAUCAAGGGCUCUGGUGGUUUAGCGGAUGUCCUCGCAUUCUUAAUUGAAGAGAAUGUUGAAAACAUGGAAGCUCAGGAGAUUUUUUCGUACAUAAACUCGAACCUGAAGGAUGGGGAAGAAAUGGAGGGUCAAGAAUCUUUGUCCCCACCCUCAAGUAACGGCAACAAAGACACAACAUCCCAAACACGGAAAAAGUUUGCCGAGACGGUGAAGCGGAUUUGCAAACAGUGUACGGUCUUCGAGCCUGACCUCUCUCUGCCGGAUUACGGCCUGAGCAAAUCCAUCCUUCAGAUUUGUUUCAAAAAUUCCGGUAAAAGAAACCCAGAGAUACUCAAGCUUUGUGUUGAUUUAAACUGUUUGGAAGAAGCGGAAAAACAGAUUUUUCUACCAGACUACAAAGGGGAGGAUUGUGUGUUUGUGUUGAGAACAGCCUUCUCGCGAGGCAAGGUGGACUUUAUCAAAGCUUUCUUGAUGAAUGGAGACUUCAAAGCUAUUUCUAAUGAGGAAUUUGUUAAGAUGAAUAUCAUGUCAGACUCGCGGGAUAUGCACUUCGAUAAAACCUACACAGGUAUCUUAUGGAAUGCUGAGGCACUUUCAAACACAGAUACGUGUAACAUUAUGGACCAUCUGUUUAGACAAGCUUUGGUUCUCAAGAAAUUUGAAAUGUCGUUUCUCUUUUGGAUAAAAACUUCGUCCCCUCUAGCGCAUGCCCUGCUGGCCUACAGAUAUUUGACGAAAAUCUCAGAGCCUGUGAGAAAUAUCGUGCAGAAAAAGGAGAUAGAGGACGCUGCUUAUAAAUACCAAGAUAUGGCAGUGGAACUGAUCAACGCCUGCUACGUGGAAAACCCUGACCUAACAGCCAACAUCCUGGCUCACAAAAGGAAAAUGUUGUUCAACAAUUCCUGCAUUGAGUACGCCCUCAUCUCUCGCAACGGGAAGUUCCUGAUGCAGCCUGCCUGCACCAACCAACAGAAGCGCUACUGGGACUGGGGCAUCUACUGGGAGUUCUACGACGAAAUCUCCAACGAUUACAGAAACGUCGAGACCAUCGUUGCGGAAAAGCCCGUUGUUACGGGAAAACCCGAUUCAUCAGAAAAGUCUCCAAAAGGUGAACAAGUUUUGAUCCGGGAAAAAUCCUCCGUCCCAGAUAACAAAAAGCAUUUAGAAAAAUCUGAAAGUUCUCACAUUGAAUGGCAUAAUGAUUCACUUAAAGGCGUAAUGAAAAAUAUUCACAAGUACUAUGUCCUGCUCUGUCCUCCAAAAGUCAUGUUCUCAUUGAAUGGGAUCGGACUUCUGAUUUUUCUGUACAUAUUCGGACAACUACUGCUCGGGCAACUUUCCCGGACAAAAAUUACCUGGUCCGAGUAUUACCUUCUGGUGUAUGUUGUGCUUGAGUUAAUGGAGGAGCUCUAUGAACUAUUCUUCCUCAAUCAAAGGAUAGGAAAAGAUCUGCCCCCCUCAGAGAUGACCUUACGCAAGAGAAUGUGGAGAAGGUUGUCCAAUUACCUGACCAGUGGCUGGAAUGUCGUGGACUACCUCUCGAUAUUUCUCUUCGUCAUUGGCGGAUGUCUGCGCAUGUACGCGUAUUUCCAGUCGGCUGAAACAGAAAUCUACGAGUACGCCCGAGUUGCUCUAUGCCUGGACUUCAUCGUCUUCACAGUCCGCAUGUUGCACAACUGCUACGCCAGCUCCUACCUCGGCCCUACUUUUGUCAUGAUACUGGAAAUCGUUACUGAACUAGUCCAGUUCCUGUACAUUCUGGCCGUGGUCUGGAUCAGCUACACCAUCACAUCUGAGGCCAUCUUGUACCCCAACUCCCAGCUCAACCGAUACAUGAUCUUCUACCUGUUGCGUAAAGCUUACUGGCAGAUGUUUGGGGAACUUUUUCUGGACGAGAUUGAAGCUGAAGAAUCCGGGGAAGGACUGAGUGACCUGGAGUGCACCACCGACCCGAACUUGUACUACACCUACAGGAAGCUGAGAUGUCCAUCCACCAUCGGCCGCUACAUCGCCCCAGUGAUGCUGGGGAUCUACAUCAUGCUGACAAAUGUCUUGCUCUUCAACGUCAUCACAGCCAACUUUACGAAAGGCAUCGAGCGUAUACAGGCUGAGUCCAACUUGAUCUGGAGGCUGCAAGUUCUGGACCUGACCAUCAACUAUUCCCAAGUCUUGCUCCUCCCUCCCCCCUUCACCUUCAUGUCCAUCUUCGCUCGUGUAUUCGAGAAGUCUUGCGGUCUAAAUUUGUUUCCAGAAUAUACAAACUCAAGGAUGAGGGCUAGGAUGAACGACUUGGAGCAUUUGGUCAUACAAAAGAAAAUUGAGCCUUUGAUACUCAAUCCAAACGAUCAGACAGGCCCUAAAGACAAUGUGAAUGAAAAUCUUUCAAAAUCGACGUUAUCUUCACGCUCGCAAGGUUUGAACAAAAACAAGUGGUCCAGUAUAGAAGGAUAUACAUGCAACUUAUGGAUACCAUUGUACAAGCACAUACCCAUCAGUAAAACAAUCCAAGUAACAACAGAAACCAGACUAGAUCCAGAGCCAGACAAGCAAAACCCGUACCUGUUGAAAAAAGCGUCAUUAAAAUUUAAUGAGUACGACAAAUAUUACAAAACUGACCGACGCAGUUACAUGGGAAAAUAUGAUGUUGUGGAUGGCUAUCCCAUAAUUCCAGUCCGAAACCAAGGUUAUGUCAGUUUUAAGAAGAAUUUUAGCAGGUGGGGACCGAACCAUUUUGGAAUUCCCAUAAUCACCAGAUUCAAAAUCGUCAACAGUCACAUCACUGUCAUAGAUGACGCUUUUGACUUGGAGUUUUUGGUGGAAAAUAUCAAAGAAGAUUCCAAAGAUGGGAUAGUUGUACGUUUUCCUAUGAUUGAGUGUGACACUAGGAAUGACCCAUUUGAAAAACUGUUGUAUGACCAGAUUAAACAGAAAGAUCAGAGGAAAUCGAGGUGGAAUUAUUUAAAAACCAAAUUUUGGUUGCGAUUACUGCUUUCGAGGUCAAAGACUACCAAUACUGAAGCAAAAGUGGAGCCUGGGAAAGAUUGGCCCAAUCCUUUUACACAACUGAAAAACCAGGAUAAAAAGAGUCAAAAUGCAACUCAAAAAACAAAGUUUCAAAACAACAAAAUAUCAGAUAAGCAUGAUAGGCUACCAGAUGCACUGGAAAACGAAAACCCGGCAAAUCAAAAAAUUCCAGAAAAAGAGGGUCCUGCUGACAAAACACUAGAGAAAGACUCUCUACCAGAAGAUGCCGCCAAAACACCCGAUGAGAAUCUUGUUGAAAGAAAAAUGAUGCGAAAUUAUCAGAAGCGAGAUCAGGUUUACAUCGGUUUCCAUAGCGACAAACGGACAACUAGGAACAGCUGGGCAGAGGUACGAGUCAUCAACUACCACAACCCCACCCAGGCGAACGUUAAUUUGCUCUGCAAGAACGCAAAGUUUUCCUGGAUCAGUGCAGACGAGUACUUGAAGCUAGAAAAACGGGACCAAGAAUACCUGGAGUUGGUGUGUAACAUCAGAAACGCCUGGUCACCCAAGAAAUACGAAUACAGAGCAAAAAGCGCAAAAAGCGCAAAAAGCGCAGCUCGUUAAACAAAAAACCUGCGGCAGCCAAUGUGAUAAACUUACUGGCCAUUGAUCUGUAUUGUACUAUACUAUAAAACUGGUAAAUCAACUGUAGCUUUUUUUCCCGCCUUAGACAUGUAAUUUACAGCGUCAGUUUCCCUUGCAUGUUCGCUUUAGUAUUACAGUUUUCAUCAUCGGCUUGUGAUGAUUGAUACAGAUUUACAAUAGUAAUAUUUCUUUCUUACUUGUAGCCUACUUUCAUUUAUUUAAUAUGGUUUACGUAUACAUAGAUCUAAUAAAAAACGACUGAAAUAUAUAAAAAAAACAACUGAAAAUGCAAAUGUGUAAUUAAAUGAUGAUUAAAGGGAUUUUUUUUUCUUCCAUCGG